AUGUCCGGUGAGGCCUAUGAGAAAGCACACGGCAAGGGAGCGUGUCGUGAUCUGGAAACAGGAUGCUAUUUCUGCCCUCCUACACAGCCUUGUGAUGAUAUCUCUGAACAGCCAGGGAAAACCAUCACUUACCUCGAUGGGGAUACGAUGGAGUACAUCAACCGUAUUGGAACACUAUCCAUUGGCGAGGUGGAGAACAGCUUUCCAUGCUAG